AUGAGCGCAGCUUCAAUCGUAUCUUCAGCGUUACGCCCCCGGCUGGGAUGGAUAGGUCUCGGGUCAAUGGGUCUCGGCAUGGCUACAAAUUUGCAAAAUCAUAUCAAAACGCACUUUGCCGGAAGCCUCCAAUUUCACAAUCGGACAAUGUCUCGAGGCGCUCCCUUAGAGAAAGCCGGAGGCGCGCCGCAACCGAACAUCAUUGACCUUGUCAAAAACACGGACAUUGUGUUCAUCUCACUCAGCGACGACAAAGCACUCGAGGCGACGUUGGACGCAAUCCUAAACGACGCAGCCACAGCUGAUCUAUCAGGUAAGAUUAUUGUCGACACCUCAACGGUCCACCCCCUGUCGUCUGCAAAGGCGAAAGACAGAUUGGCAGCAAGGGGAGCCCAAUUCAUUGCUGCGCCGGUGUUUGGGGCAAGCCCAGUCGCUGCGCAGGGUAAGCUGCUCUGGAUCAUCGCUGGACCCGAUGAUGCCGUGGAGAAGAUCAAGCCGUUCAUCGUCGGCGUCAUGGGCAGAGGCAUCAUCUGUCUAGGGGAAGACGUGCAGAAAGCCAGCAUCAUGAAGACGGCUGGAAACUUCGUGACCGCGGGGAUGAUGGAGCUGGUCGCAGAGGCCCAGGUCUUUGCGGAGAAGUCCGGACUCGGUAGCGAUGCAAUGGAGGAUCUUCUCGGACAGCAGUUUGGACCCUUGGCUCAGGGCAUGUCAAAACGCCUGACGACUGGUGCUUACUUACCGCCUCGUGAUGAGAGGCCGUGGUCUGACUUGUCCCUGGCGAUGAAGGAUGUCGGGCAUGGUCUGAGCUGUGCGGAGGAGGCCGGUGUACGUCUUCAUAUCGCUGAUAUUGCUGCUGGGCAUCUGAAGGAAGCGAAGAAGAUUUCAGAUACUCAAGGGCGGGCAUUCGAUUCUUCUUCAUUGUAUGGGGUGGUGAGAACGGAGGCCGGACUCGAUUUUGAGACAGACCUCGUCAAGAAGAGAGAUGGCUCUUCUUGA